AUGAGCAGUGAACUAUCAGUAGUAAGCGAUGCAGCUACAAGUGCAACUACCAAUGUCAUUGAUAGAUCGGAAUUAUUAGAACAAUUGCAAGCACAAUUAAAAAUCCAACAAGAAGAAUUAUUACAACAUCAACGAGAGUUAUUACUUCAAGAAGGAAUACAAUUAUCAACACCAGAAAUAUCACAACAAUUACAAUCCCUGCUGCUGCUGCUGCUGGCUUGGGGAUUUACUCAUGGACUUAUAGUUGGACAAUUGAGUGUCCUAUUUGUCAUUAUUGUCUUUGUUAAAUUUUUUGUAUUUGCUGAUUCUACUUCGAUAAAUACCAAAACAAGUAUAAUUAGAGAUGCAAGUGGUGUAAUAGUUAAGCGAGAUGCAAAAAAAGGUAGUGGUCAAUCUGAUUCCAAAACUGGUCAAGGAGAUGAAAGUUUAAAUGAAAUUAGAUCAAAAGUUACCACGAUUCUUGAAAAGACUUAUUAUGAUGUUGAUAAUCAUUCACCAGAAUCACUUGAUUGGUUUAAUGUUUUAGUGGCACAGACUAUUUCUCAACUUAGAAGUGAAGCUUUAUUAAGUGAUAAUAUAUAUCAUUCAUUAAAUGAUUUCUUAGAAAAGACUAAGAUGCCAGAUUUCAUAGAUAAGAUAAAUUUAACUGAAAUUGAUAUUGGUGAUGAUUUUCCAAUAUUUUCAAAUUGUAGAAUCAAACAAAGUAAAGAAGGUUCAGGAAGAUUGGAAGCAAAAAUAGAUGUUGACCUUUCAGACACAUUAACAUUGGCAAUAGAUACUAAAUUAUUACUUAAUCAUCCACGACCUUUAACAGCAAUUUUACCGGUUGAAUUAACCGUAUCAAUUGUUCGCUUCUCGGGUUGUUUGACGGUAUCACUCAUAAACACAAACGAUCAAGAAUUUGUCGAUUUGAAAAGAUAUGAAUUAUCAGGAAGGUCCACUCCCGAAUCUGAAGACCGGGAUCUUCCGUCCUCAUCUACGUCUUCCCGAUCAAUGUCUCGAACAUCAUCCUCAGCAGCAGCUGCACAAGGUGCAAAUUCAGAAGAUCCAACUUCAUCCAAGAAAUCAUCCAAACAAGACAAUUCCAAGGAAGGAGCGGGCACAGCACUCAUGUUUUCAUUUUCCCCUGAUUAUAGACUCGAAUUUGUCGUGAAAUCAUUGAUUGGAUCAAGGGCAAAAUUACAAGAUGUGCCGAAAAUAUCGGCAUUGAUUGAAAGUAAAUUACGUACUUGGUUUAUUGAACGUUGUGUUGAGCCUAGGUUUCAAGUUGUAAGAUUGCCUUCAUUAUGGCCGAGGAGUAAGAAUACUAGAGAACCGGUUAAGACUAAAUUGGAGACUUCUGAUGAUUUUUCAAGUGCUCAUUGA